AUGAACAACCUACAUGAAAAAUUAACAAACAUAACUGAUAACGCGAAUGCAUGUAUGAGCACAAAGUCAUCAGUGACGCAUACUUAUGAAAAUCAGAUGAAUUUAAACAAAUUCAGUGGUUCAAUGGAACAACAACAACAACAAGGGCGUGAUUCUUUACUAUCUAUUCAACAAAAGCAACAACAAUUGCAACAGAAUGAUGAUAAUAUAAAUUUUCCCUUGGAAAAUCAAUCCACUUCAUCUAUCACUUCAAUUGAUACAACAAACCAAUUGAAUUCAUCGUUUUCAUCACCUUCGUUAUUGACAACUUUAACGAAGAAUGAUGUUCAGUUAAGUUUAAAUCAUCAAAAUCGUUUACAUUCUGAGAACAUGUCAUUAUCUAUGGAGGGAAAUUUAAAUUGUGAAAAUCAAUAUUCUGUCAACGGAAUACACAGAGCUGAUAAGCCACCAUUUGAAUUAACCCCUGUCAUUGAAGAAAAGCCAACAGAUUUCAACAUUCAAUACAAUGAUUGUGUGUCAUUGACUGACAGAUGUAAUGAUAAUGAUAAUAAUAACCCCGUGAAGCAAACUUCUCAAAACAACAGUUCAGAGGAAACGUGUAUAACCUUAGUACAGAAUGAUGAGAGCUUACUUUCUGACCAGUUGUAUGUAGUUGAUCGGAUUAAACAAAAGACAGCAGGUUUGAACGAUGGGAAAUAUCAACAGGUAUGUAGAUCACCUUUCUUCAUUGGUUAGUUCAUAGCGUUUAGUUUGAAUUUCGGUGGAUGUGUAAACGAUAGAUAUCCGGUAUUGUGGACAACAGAGUUGAUGUCACAGUUAAAUCAGACUUCUGUGCGUAUCUCCGUGUGUUUUGUGUAUGUGGGUGUGCGUGUGUGGAGGGCGGUUGGGGAAUAUUUUCCA